ACAGAGGAGAGAUUGUGCUGGAGAGACAGGGAUGCUGUUGCUAGGAAACAGUGUAGGGGCAUCCAUCUUUAGUAGCUUGUUCCAGAUAGAGCAAAAACACAAGGUUACGGAAGGUUUUCCUCUUAAACGGGAAGAAGAUGGAGGCGUUUUCAGAGAAAGAUACAGAAUAAGUGACCCCAGGGGAGAUUACGCAUCAAAUGGCACAUGGCUGUAUUCUGACAACACGACUGGGAUUAUGUGGUGGUCUCUGCGUCCUCUGAAUCUGUUAGUCUGUUUCUCAGGUAAAGAGAUCUUGCUUGUCAACAUCAGACCGCUGGACACCCUCUCAUCAUCAGCCUCCACCCAUACACAGACAGACAGACAGACAGAGAGUGCUUUCUCUUCUGAUAUGAACAAAUGGAUUGAAUCGUGAAAACUCAAGAGGCCUGAAAGCUGGAGACGUGACACAGGAAUCAACACUAGAGCAAAGAAAACAUCCAUUUGGUAGCGGGACACAGGAUGGGAACAACAGAAGCCACUUUACGCAUGGAGAACAUGGAGACAAAAGAUGAAUGGCAGGACGAUGAUUUCCCACGACCUUUACCUGAAGAUGGCGAUCUGGAGGGACUCAUGGAUGACUCUGUGUUUAUGUGUGAUUCAGCUCAUCACGGUGCACUGACGGCCAAUCAUUUGGACUCUGUUCACCGUAAGCGUCGCACGCUGGUCGCACCCGACAUAAACCUGUCACUGGACAAGAGUGAAGGCUCUCUUCUCUCUGAAGACUUUCUGGAAACUCCAGACGACCUGGACAUCAAUGUUGAUGACAUCGAGACACCGGACGAUGACUCACUUGGCUCCAUCAACAAUGGCAACGAACUGGAAUGGGAAGAUGACACUCCAGUGGCCAGUGCGAAAGGUGCGGGGUCAGAUGUAGGUGACGGCGCGGGGCGUCUCUGGAGGACCGUGAUCAUUGGAGAUCAGGAGCAAAGGAUAGACAUGCAGGCGAUCAAACCUUACCUGCGUGUCGUCACACAUGGAGGAUAUUACGGUGAAGGACUGAACGCUAUCAUCGUAUUUGCUGCCUGUUAUUUACCCGACAGCAGCUGCGCAGACUACAAUUACAUCAUGGAGAAUCUUUUUCUGUAUGUAAUCAGUAGUUUAGAGCUGCUGGUAGCUGAAGAUUACAUGAUCAUCUAUCUGAACGGAGCCACGCCACGCAGAAGAAUGCCUGGAAUCAGCUGGCUCAAGAGAUGCUAUCAGAUGAUUGAGAGACGGUUAAGAAAGAACCUCAAAGGUUUGAUCAUUGCCCACCCAUCUUGGUUCAUUCGUACUGUUCUCACCAUCUCGAGACCUUUCAUCAGUGUUAAGUUUAUGGAGAAGAUCCGUUACGUCCAGAGUCUGGAGGAACUUGCUCAGAUGGUUCCUAUGGUGCAUGUGCAGAUUCCAGACUGUGUGCUGCAAUAUGAUGAGGAGAGGGUUAAAGCUCAGAGCGACAGACUUGAACAGCUGGCCAAGACAUCAGAGAGGCCGGUGUCAGUCGCUGCAGAGGCGUGUCCCUGACAUCUUAUGCGGGAUUAACCUGAAGUCAUGAAGUUCAUCAUUUCAAAGAGACUCGUGUGCAUGCAGUUUCCAAAGAUACGUCAGUAAGCAAACACAUGGACAUGAGACAUCGCAAAACAAAGAUUCUUUUCUGUUCACAGUGACAUUUUCUAUUAACACUUACCUUUUGAUUGAAAUCAUUCUAAAUCUGGAUCACAGCUGAGUUGGUGUGAACAUGAGAAAAACAAACAGGACUCUAUUUUCUAGUCCUUGUUUCUUUUCCAAGUGGAACAUCUUUCAAAAUGAGUUUGAUUUUUAAUGUGAUUCCUCAUUUUCCAACACAUCGAUUCAUAGCAGCUGAUUUUUGUCUGGCACUUUAACUUGCCAACCACUUUCAAAACACCAGCAUAUUCAAUCUUUUGAAUAAUGCUGCAAUUUGCAGGUAUUUGUCCACAUGAAACCAAAAUUGUCCCGUUUGAGAUAAAAAAUUACAAUGGCUAUUUUUUCAUGAAAUAUUGUACCGUCUCUUGUAAAUAGCGUAUCAAUGUAGGGCAUUCUCUUUUUAAAAUCCGCGUGCCCUCAUAAUCUUUAAUUAAAAUCUGAAAAUGCACUUUCCCCCUGUAAUGACUAUCCAUCAUAAAUGACAUAUGUUAGACGGCUUGGGCGGAGCAUCCGUUAACGCCUUCCUUUCAAGUAUUGCUAGUUCCAUUUUAUAAUGCAACGGCUGUUUUUAUACAUCCAAUAAAAUCACACUGAAAAACUAAAGCCACACCCACUAUCUUUUUCAUUUGAAAUUCCUUUUCACUUGGGAAUGCGUCAAAAUACGAAAGUGAAAAACGAUCUCAACUUCCGGUUCACGGGGACAUUAAUACUGUACACAUUUUUGGUCCUAAAUAGCAUAUUAAUAUGAAUCGUUUGGCAUGUAAUGACGUUGACAUCAUAGUAGCAAAUCAUGAUUUUCCAACCUCCUUCAAUAAUUUUUUUACAAUAAUUGAGGGGUUCUGUCCCCUCAAAAGAUUUAGAUUACAAACAACUGAUGAUGGUGGUGAGAACUGUGUGCCACAUGCUCACAGUACAGUGUUUUCCUCAAAUGUGAAGGAUCUUAGGACCUAAAUUUGUGUGUUUUCUGAGAGGUGAGUGAAAUUCUCACUUCAAUAAAACCGACAUUCAUCUGUCACAGUAGUUUUCUGUAAACAAAGCUCACUUCUCUUUUUGCCUUUAACUUCCCCUCCAAUGGUCUGAACUGUGCUUUUGCUUCUUUAAUAUCAUGUGUCCAUUUUUGUAUAUCAUACAACACAGAUGUCUGUCCGUUCGCAAGAGUCCGAUUUUUUUUUUGUCUUUUUUUUUUUUGUCACGUCUCAGAUAAAACAAACAGAUGCGGAUUUGAAGGAACUCAAAUCCUUCAGAUGUAAUGUGAAUGACGUGUACACUGAUCUCUGAAUUCUAGGACACAUGUGGGCGACACUUAACUGGAACACAUGUUUGGUGUUUUUUUACUGAUGUUUAUUAAUGUAACACAGCUCAGGGGCUGUGCUUGGAAUAGAAAACUACAGUCAUUUACUAAUACUGUUAGAUGUUUUAUAACAGAAAACUGUAAUGUAUUGUUUUCAUUGGACAUCAAUGCAUGUCAUUCAGGCAGUAUCCUUCAGUUACACCUUCAGAAAUCAUCCAUUUUGUCCAGUUUUUGAAAGAUGUCUAAACAAGCAAUGUGUUCGCUGUAAAAAUAAUCUGUACUUUAUUCUAUUGAAUUUGGAAAAUUGAUAAAAUUUAAAUCUUGUAAAUUUCAAAAACGCCUACUUGAUUGUCGACACAAUUGAUGCAUAUAUGAAACGUCAACUGGGCUUAUUUAAAAUGGGGAAAUUUUUUAGUGGUUGAUUUGGAAAAUUGCUAGUUUAGCCUUCUAGCACUGAAAUUAUAAUCCCACAUUCUAUGCGAUUCUGUCCAAAGCCACGCCUCCUCCAAACACAUGAUUGUAUUUCUUAAAUCCAUUUAACAAAUUACAAAGUACAUCUAAUUAAUUAUUCUCAAAGCAUGUACACCUAUCCAAAAGAAAGAGUGGUAUCAUCUUUCAGACUCUUGCCUGCCGGUCACCAUCGUGUAAAAGAUGAACCGAUGUUUAUUCAAGUUUUUCCUUUGUAAUGAUCCACACGUUUUUUCGUCACUGCUUUUAAAAAACAGCCUUUUUUUUGUAAAUUGACUUGUUCUCGGUUCCUAAGGAGAGUUUGGUUGUUGCUGAUUGUCCACCAUUCUCCCUACAUUGACAAAGUAGUGAAAGCGCUGAUGACACAUGAUGUCUGCUUGAACAGGGUGCAAAGUGGUAUGCAAAAUGUGUUGUCUGAAAAUGUACACAUGACCAGUCAAAGUAUUCGGCCGGAACGUUUUGAUUGGCGAACGUUUUUUGUUACUACUUCUUUAUAUAAUUAUAAAAUAUUAUUUGACCACUAUACUUCUUGAUUGCUAUCAGGAUGUAAAGACAUUUCCAAUCAAUAUGACAAAAUAUGUUUCUGGACACGAUCACCUAUUCUGCCUUUAAAAGUAAAAGUUUAUCAUAUUUUUUAUUCAUCACACGGAAAUGCUGUAGGCCUAUUAUGAAACUAUUUCAGGAACCGUCAUAUUAUUCCAGAUAAUGACCAAAUAUUUGGCAUGUCGGAUAAUCUGAAAUUACUUUUUUCCAGUACAUGUGUUUUAGCUCCGCACACAGUCAGAACAUGUGUGUGCUUCCAACACACGUCUGACAUCACAGGAGGCGGGGGCUUGUUAUCCCUCCCCUCAUAAUGCUUUAUGAGCACUCACUUACACUUUUCACGCAAACACUGAGAUUGUGAAGUGUAAACCAUUGUUAAAUCAUGGUUUUUAAAUCCAUAAUGUGAAUUCUUUGCUAUUGGUGCUCACAAUGAAUUUUAAGGGGAUCAUUUCAGCCACAUUAUUGUAUAAUGUUUAUGAUCAAACUGUUUUACACUGUACUGUGGGUAAAUCAUUUGUAAAAUAUAAUGUGCAAUAACUAAACGAGUCACUA